AUGGUCAAAGCUGUUGUUCUCGGUGCCGCCGGUGGCAUUGGCCAGCCAUUGUCGUUGCUCUUGAAGAUCUCUCCCCUCGUCGACGAGCUCUCCCUCUUUGAUGUGGUCAACACGCCCGGUGUCGCCGCCGAUCUGUCACACAUUGCCUCGCCCGCAGGAGACUUCAAAGGCGAACAACCAGAGACAGAGGAGGCCAAGAAGAAGGCAUUGACCGGUGCAGAUAUUGUUAUUAUUCCAGCUGGUGUUCCCCGCAAACCUGGCAUGACCCGAGAUGACCUCUUCAAGAUUAAUGCAGGUAUCGUCAAGGAUCUUGUAGUUGCCAUUGCAAAGUAUGCUCCCAAGGCCAGCAUUGCCAUCAUCUCCAACCCCGUCAACUCCACAGUUCCUAUCGCAGCCGAAGUACUGAAAGAGGCUGGUGUCUUCAACCCUAAGAAGCUCUUCGGUGUCACCACUCUCGAUGUUGUACGUGCUGAGACCUUUGUUGCCGGAAUUACUGGCGAGAAGGAUCCCCGCAAGCUCACCAUUCCCGUGGUUGGUGGCCACUCCGGCAACACCAUCGUUCCUCUCUUCAGUCAAGCCAAGCCGUCCGUGAACAUCCCCGCCGACAAGCUCGAUGCUCUGGUCAACCGUGUUCAAUUCGGUGGUGACGAGGUGGUCAAGGCCAAGGAUGGCGCAGGAUCUGCAACUCUCUCCAUGGCAUAUGCUGGAUUCAGAUUUGCCGAGGCUCUUCUAAAGGCCGCAAAGGGCGAGAAGGGCAUUGUCGAGCCCACCUUCGUCUAUCUCCCCGGUGUCGAGGGUGGUGAUGCUGUUGCCAAGAUCACCGGAACCGAUUACUUCUCUGUCCCUGUCGAACUCGGUCCCGAUGGAGCUGAAAAGGCUAUCAACAUCCUCAGCAACGCCAAUGACUAUGAGAAGAAGCUCCUGGAUGAAGCAGUCAAGGGGCUGAAGACCAACAUCGAGACAGGUGUUAGCUUCAUCAAGAACCCCCCCAAGUAG